GAGAAGAUAAACUUCACUGUACAUCUGAUGAAUCACAGAGUAAAGACUAUAGAUAUACCUGGAGUGUGGGAAGACCUUCGGUAACAAAUCAGUUCUCAAAAUGUACCAAGUAAUUGAUACGUUGAGAAUAUUCAUGGAAAUUCCUGGAGUGCAAGAACUUCAGUCAGAGAUCAUCAAACCAAAACAAUUCACUGAGCAGAAGCCAUAUGCAAAUAGAAAAUACUCUUAGCGUCCAAAAGCACAAUCUCCACGUUUGACUUGCAGACAGAUUCAACAACUUUUUCUGUUUUGUUUAUUUCAGAAUAUUUUUAGGAAAAACUUGGCAAGUCCAGCUCAGCAUAAACACUUCACUGGUUCAUUUGAUAGGACUUUUUUGUGGAGGUUGCCUCAAGUUAUCUCCUGUAUAUGUUCUAGAAAGUUCACUGAAAUUUGCAAAUGUUCUUCUGAACAGUGGUGUAAAUGUUAAAAAGACAAUUGAGGUUCUGCAAGGCCCUCUUCUUAGAGGUUUGGAAGAGUGCUGAAAGUAUUUCAUCUUCUGUCAUUCAGGGGACCAAAAAAAAAAAAUGUGAUCGUUUCCCUGUAUUUCAAUAUGCAUCCUACAUUUAAGAUAUUGCAAAACCAAUGACAAAAGCUUAAUAGACAAUAUUAGGAUAUCUGUAUUGAUAAUAGGAAUUAGGAUUCAGCAAAUUGUUGAAAUAUUAGAAUUAUUGUUAUGAUUGCAAUAGAAUUAUUGAUAAAUAAUGGAAGUAUUAAUAGGAGGCAUAAGUUAGUAGAUCAGAGAUUUUUUAGAGGUGGAGGUUUAAAUGCGAUAAUGGAAAAGGAAGCCAGAAUAACUUAACACUCUUUCCUUGAAGGCAGCCUCCUCACUAUGUUGGAUGGGUUUUGCUUCAUGAAAUAAUCUGAUGGAGAAGGCACAAUCACCUUUGGCUGUACUGGAGGCUGCUUUUGAGCCCAGAGUGAAGAUGGAAGAGUUAAACCCAUAUGGCAUUCAAAAAGGAGAUGACCCAGAUGUCAUGUGUUGUGAUGGAAGUGAGGAAUUCUGGGGGAAAACAGUGCAGAAUGUCCUGGGUAAGGAGACAUUCAGCUCAGAGGUUCACCGACAACACUUCAGGCAGCUCCACUACCAGGAGGCUGAGAGGCCACGAGAGGUUUGGAGCCAACUCCAUGAUCUGUGUUGCCGGUGGCUGAAGCCAGAAGUACACACAAAAGCUCAGAUCCUGGACCUGGUGAUCUUGGAGCAGUUCCUGGCUGUCCUUCCCCCAGAGAUGGAGAGCUGGGUCAGGGAAUGUGAGCCAGAGACCAGUUCCCAGGCAUUGGCCAUGGCAGAAGGUUUUUUGCUGAAUCAGUCAGAGGAGAAGAAGCAGGACAUUGAUGAUCUUAAGACCCAGGAGGUCCCAUCAGACAUCAGUCAAAAGAUCAAGCAGGAGGCCAGCGGAGAGGCCACCAGGCUGGAUGGACCAAGAAUGCUGGAAGGAUGUUGUUCAUCUCUCCUUGAUGCAGUGGAAACAGCUUCUGUGCAGCUGGAUCAGGUGGCUUUUGAGGAUGUUUUUGUGUGUUUCACGGAGGAGGAGUGGACCCUACUGGAUCCAGACCAAAGGGCCCUCCACAGGGAAGUCAUGGAGGAGAAUUAUGAGGUGAUAGCCUCUGUCGAUCAUAAUAGGUGGGAGACUGAGGAUGGAGAAGAACCAUGCAGAGCACAGUUGGAAAGGGCCAAAUAUACAGAGGAGGAAGAGAGGAACACGGGAACAGAAAUAAAAGAUGAACAGAAGAGGAACCAAUUGCCUACUUUUUGUGGUGCUGACGUCUGGGAAAUUCCAAUACAAGAAGGAACAGACAAAAGCAAAGACAACAGUAAGUGUCUUAUCUCUGGGGAUGGCUUCUUUUGGACUUCUGGCCUUGAUGUUCACAUCACAGACAUCACAGAAGAAAACCCAAAUCAGCGGGGAGAGAGCUUCAAGUGGAACAUACACCUUCCUAACAAUGAAAGAAUGGAGACAGGAGAGAAAGUAUAUACAUGCCAGGAAACAGGAAGAACCUUGACUGCGAAGGCAAUCCUCACUGAGUAUGAAAUGAAUCAUAAAGGAGAGAAGCCCUAUAAAUGCUUGGAAUGUGGGAUGAGCUUCAGUUACAAAUCAUCUUUCAAAACACACAAGGUUGUCCAUACAUUAGAGAAACCUUAUAAAUGCCUGGAGUGUGGAAAAAGCUUCCAUUCAAGACCACACCUCAACAGACACCAGCUUAUUCAUACUGGAGAGAAACCAUAUACAUGCUUGGAAUGUGGAAAAUGCUUUAAUCAGAGGAGAUACCUCAAAGCACAUCAGAUGAAUCACAUGGGAGAGAAACCGUAUCAGUGUCUGGAGUGUGGGAAAAGCUUCAGUUACAAAUCAUUCAAAACACACCAGGUUGUUCAUACAUUAGAAAAACCUCAUAAAUGCCUGGAGUGUGGAAAAUCCUUCCACUGGAGAUCACACCUAGAUAGACACCAGCGUAUUCAUACUGGAGAGAAACCAUAUCAGUGCCUGGAGUGUGGGAAAGGCUUCAUUGAUAAGAGAGGCCUCACUACACAUCAAAUGAAUCACACUGGAGAGAGACCAUAUACUUGCCCGGAGUGUGGAAAGGGCUUUACUCACAAAUCAGUCCUGAAAACACACCAAAUGACACAUACACCAAGAGUAAUCAUAGAAAUGCCUGGAGUCUGAGAAGAGCUUCAAUCAGAGCUCAGUAGUAAACUCCAUUACAAGUGGUGGUUGUUAUUAUUAUGAAAUAAACAUAGGAGAAACUAUUAAUGAAUAGGAAACCAGUGUAAUGUCCACAUGGAUUGCCUCCAGUAUAGACUAUUUUUAAAUAUAUAUAUUUUACACAUAUUUGGGGGAAGAAUGUGGUUGGUUCAGUUCAUUGCUGAAUGCUUCACUGGUUCAUGUGAUACAGCCAUGCUCUGUGAUGUCUUCUUUUUGGUUUGUAAUUUAUCUAUUUGUAUUCCAUUUGUUCUAAAACUGUCAUUGACAUUUGAAAAUGCCCUUUUACACCUGUGGUAUACUCAGACAAGAGUCCCUCAAGGCUUUGUGUAUGAGGAGACAUGUCUCCUUUGUUUUCAAGGAUAGAUAUCCUUUAUUUUGUAGACAAAGUACUAGAUCCCUUUCUCUUUUUCUGGGUACAUCCUUCUGUCUUCUGAAAUUUGGCCUUCAUACAUUGAUCUCCAAGCCAAAGCCUUGAUUAGCCUUGUUCUUCCAUUAUGAACUGACUAAAUUUCUCAUUCUUUUAUGUUGCUUGUGUCCCAUAAUUCUCCUAUAUUCCCAUAUCCUCACCUUUGUUUGUUCUGAGGUUGGAUGUUUUUAAAAUAAAAAAAUAACAGUGAGAGAGUGAACUAUUGCCUGCAAUGUAGAGGGAAGAAAACAGCCAGAUGACAGACAACCUGCUCACUGUGCAGUGCACUUGAAAUGUUUUCAGAGUGGCAAGCCCUUUAGCAAUGGAUUAAAUAGUUAAUGCCCAGUAAGGAUUGCAGAACUGAAGAAAACAGGAGAGAGCACUGGACUGAAAUCGCAAAUGAGAAAUAUUCCACUUAACAUUAGGAAGUACAUCCACCAAAACAUUAGGAAGUAACGUACAGCUACUAGAAAACCUGUUCUGAGAGUGGAAUAGACUGUCUUGGAGGAUGGUUGACUCUACCUUUUAAACAGGUUGGAUGGGCCUCUUCCAGGAGUUCUUUAGCUGUGUACAGUCAUCCCUCUUCACAGAUUCAACCAUCCAUGACUUGGGGAAAAAAUUAAUCCAAAAAGAAAACCUUGAUUUUGUCAUUUUAGAUAAGGGACAACAUUUUAUUACUCUGUUGUAUAUAACAGGAUGAACAUCCGUAGAUUUGGGUAUCCAUGUGGACCUGGAACCAAACCCCAGCAAAUACCAAGGGACCACUAUUCCUGUAUGGCAGGGGUAACUUGAUGGCUUUUAUGACUCCUUCCAACUCUUAAGAUUCUGUGAUUCUAAGAGAGAGGCAAGAGAGCAUCACUGAGAGAUGGAGCUCAUGGGCUGGAAUGGCAGAGAACAAUGACUGGUAAGGUAUAAGUGUGUGGUACAUGCUAGAUUCACUUUAGUACUUUCACUGAGAAAAGAACAAGAGAAGGAUGAAAAGAGAGAUCCAAAAAUGUCACCCUCACAUCCAGAUACAGUACGCAGUUAGAAAACACAGUCAUUAUGUACAUAAAUCCUUCUGAUUCAGUGUGUGUAUUCUCAUAGGCAUGAGCCCUUGAAUUUCAGACCCUGUGUUUCAGAGAUCUCAGGGAGACUGUCCUUAUUUUCUGAACAAUGGGAUUUCUAACCCCACCUCCAGGGAUGAUGGUCACACAGUAUUUAUAUCUGCCUUUUUCUAUGAAAGGAGGCUCAUUCUCUGAAGGAAUACUUGUUUUUCUCUAGUUUGGUCAACUGAUUUGAGGGUUUGGUCAACCCUCAAAUCCCAAAAAAUCCUUUUUUAUUUCUGAAUUUAUGCAUUAGCAGCAUUAUUGAUGUUUUGUCACUGCCCAUUCUACCCAAGACUAAUAUUUUUAAGAUGAGUAUCCCCUUGGUUUCUGUUUCUAAUCUCUUGCCUAUUUUGUGACAUUUGACUAACUAGCUGAAAUGUUCCUAGGGUUUCCUGACUGUUAUUUUAAAGUGUAGAUUGUAUAGCCACCAUUUUAAUUGCACUAAAGAGAGUUUUU